AUGAUCUCACCUCUCAUCAUCUGCACGGUUUGUCUGCUCUGUACUGCAGGUGUGGGCUGUACUAAGGUAGUCCAACAGACUCCAGGUUUACUGGUGCAGAGGGGUCAGUCUGCUCAGAUGGACUGCAGUCACACCCUGCCGGGCGCCUUCUAUAACAUGUACUGGUUCCAGCAGUUACCAGGGAAGAGUAUGGAGCUCAUCGUCCACACGGUGCCGUACAAGAAGCCCGACUUUGGGAACUUUAGCCAGGACAAAUACUCAGCCAACAAGACGGUGAUUGAGAGCGGAUCUUUCACGGUGAAAAAUGUGAAACCAGAUGACAACGGAGUGUAUCUCUGUGGUGUCACCGUCACAGAAAUAGCAGCAGUCAGGGUGCAUGGAGCUCCCCCCACCCCCCAGUCUUCAGUCAGACGCAGAAAGAUGGAGGCUGAGAUACGGAUCCGCCGGGUGGGGGAAGGAGAGCCGACACAAGCAAAGAGAAGAUUGAAUAAGGAAAUAAGCCUUUGGUUCAAUUGCACCAAAACUGGAGGUUGGUAUGUUUUUUUUCCUUUAUGCCUUUGUAGUUCCAGUCUAGUGGUUUAUGAUAUCAAGGGUGCGCGCUGUGCCUAUUACGAACCCCGUUUCGGCCCAGGCACAAAACUGACUGUUCUUGACUCAAACCGUACUAUCACCCCGCCAAAAGUGAAAGUGCUUCAACCUUCGCCAAACGAGUGUCAAACCAACAAAGACAAGAAACACAAGAAGACCUUGGUGUGUGUGGCGUCCCAUUUCUACCCGGACCAUGUGAGUGUGUUCUGGCAGAUCAACGGGGUGAAUGUCACACGUGGCGUGGCGACCGACAAUGCUGCCCUGUGGGGAGGGGAACAUUACAGCAUCAGCAGCAGGCUGACGGUCCCGCUCAGUGAUUGGCUCACACCGAGCAAGACGUUCACCUGCACCGUCAGCUUCUUCAACGGGACUGAUACUGUGCCCCGUUCCGAUUGGGUCCGAGGCGUUGAAGUACCAGCAGCACCGACAAGAGGGAAGUAUUUGAGGAUCACGCACACUGCCAAGCUAUUCUACGCCACUUUGAUCGCCAAGAGCAGCGUCUUCGGAGUCUUCGUUGCUUUUCUGGUGUGGAGGCUUCAGGGCUCCUCUGGGAAACAGAAGGACUGAGAGCUGAGCUACACAAACCAGCUGAUUCGUCUGGUUUCUGUGAAUAAAGAUUCUGAAAUCUGAAGAGCGCUUGCAUUAAAUGCUCAGUCAGUUUAUUCACAUCCCGCCCAAAUUAGAGCAACUCGCUUGACUUAAGAGCCUUUGAUAUCCAUACAGCAGAGGUGGAAAGUAACGAAUUACAUUUACUCCCGUUACUGUCAUUGAGAAGUUUUGUUUGUGUACUUUUACUUUUUAAAGCAGUUUUAUUUGAACUGUACUUUUACUUAAAGGUGCACUAUGAGUUCCUGCAUGGUCACUUCUGUUGACGUUCCAAGUCAAUU